AUGCCGUCGACUCAAUUGCGCGACGUAGAAGGCAAAACAUGGCGUGUUCCUCGUCGAGGAAAUGUCGUGAAGACCUUGCUACUCUCCGCAACCGCAUGUCUCGCCACCCUUUACUGCGUUACAGUCCUCGAUACUGGUGACGCACUUCAUCAUGCGAGGACAAGCAGGGGGAUCAGUCGCAUCUUUGGCCGAGCUGAACCUGAGGCGACCACUGAUAAUUGUCCUCAGCCGCCGGCCAUUCGACCGACGAAGCACGCCGACCUCUGGGCGAACCUUUCAGCGCAUAUAGGUACAGACAUGGUAUUCCGUCAACAUGCAAUCGAAUGGCUUUCUGGUGCCAUUCAAAUUCAAACAGAAACCUUCGAUGGCAUGGGGCCAAUCGACGAAGACCCACGUUGGAAGGUCUUUGAACCCUUCCACGAGUAUCUCUUGAACACCUUCCCACUAGUGCAUGCCUCUCUCAAGUUGACUAAAGUCAAUACUUAUGGCUUACUCUAUGAGUGGGUUGGGUCUGACACGUCUCUCAAACCCAUAUUAUUUCUCGCGCACCAAGACGUUGUUCCUGCCGGGAACGUGUCUCAAUGGACCCAUCCACCAUACUCAGGACACUACGAUGGACAAUUAAUAUGGGGCCGUGGAAGCUUGGACGAUAAGGCUGGCGUGAUAGGGACUCUCGCUGCAGUUGAAACCCUACUGCAGAAUAACUUCAGUCCUACACGGACUGUACUCCUAUCAUUUGGUUUUGACGAGGAAAUUAGCGGCUUCUUGAGCGCAGGUACUUUGGCUCCCUUCAUCAAGGAGAUAUACGGCAAAAAUGGCGUUGCAAUGGUCAUCGAUGAAGGGCCUGGUUUCUCGCGCGAGCUUGGGACUUGGCUCGCCACGCCAGGGGUGGCUGAGAAAGGGUUCAUGAAUGUGAAGCUUGAGAUCAGGACGCCUGGUGGCCAUGCAAGUGUUCCACCACCCCAUACGAGCAUUGGAAUGCUGGCCGCCCUCUUGGUGAAGUUCGAAGACAGCCCAGUAAAGGCCGAGCUAAGCCGGGACCAUCCCGUCUACUGGACUCUUCAAUGUAAAGCUGAGCAUGCGAAGGAGAUUCCCGACGACCUUCGCAACACCAUCAAGCAGGCAGCCCACUCCGAUCAAUCACUCAGAGACCUCGAAUCUAUCGUCUUCCAGAGUCGAGUGGAGGAAAGCAUUGUAGGCUUGACGCAGGCCAUCGACGUGAUCCAAGGGGGUGUCAAAGCCAACGUCCUCCCCGAACAGGCAUGGGCGGUCAUUAACCACAGGGUUCCCAUCUCAGACUCUGUUUCGUCCUUGAAAGAACGCAAUACCAACCUGGUCGUGGACCUUGCAAAACGAUUCAACUUGACCUUCACGUCAUUCGGUCAGGAGAUCCUUUCAGAGGCGGACGUUGGAACGCCUAAGGGCUCUCUGAUUAUGGAGGAUUUGGAUAAUUCAGCAUUGGAGCCCGCACCCAUCACCCCCAUUAGUGGACUUGAAGCGGGAGGCUUUGUCUUCCUCAGCGGCACCAUCAAGGGAGCGUUCGAAGCCUGGUCGAAAGCAUACCAUAGCAACGAGGGCUUCCGUGGUGAGGACGAGGAAAUCAUCAUAGCUCCAAGCAUGAUGUCUGCGAAUACAGACACGCGAUGGUACUGGGAUCUUUCCAAGAAUAUUUUCCGAUAUAACCACGUUAACCAGGGUGCCAAUAACGGUACUGCCCUGAGCUCCGGCAUCCACACUGUUAACGAACGCGUUGCGGCAGAAACGUAUCUCGAAAUGAUCCACUUCUUUGCGACCCUCAUUCUCAACGCGGACGAAUCUACGUCUCUGUGA